CUCUGCUUUUUCAAUCAGGUGAUGAAGCUUAUGGAAAAAAGACAAAAUGCCUCGGGGGAUGUUAUUCUUGACCCCCCGGGGCAAACGGAGGUGUUCACCUGGUCAGCGUCAGGAGCCAUCGUACCUGAGGCCCUGGCUCCCUCUUUCCCUUCGGUUGCCACAUGUGUGCCGGACACCUCUGGCAGGACUAACCCUGUGGCUUUUAUGUCCGACGUGCUGUGUGCGUGCAGUAUCCUGUCCAAGACCAAGCUACCUUUCCUCGUGGGAAUGGACUGGCCGGGCAUUGGCAGUCUGGCCCCUCGAAAGACUAAAGUGACCUCUUCCAGCAGGGGAAGACUUUCUGGCAAGCGGUACCAGAAAGAACUGGAGUUUCUGGAGAAUAAAAGCUGGAGGUGUGCCCCUGAUAAUCCCCGCCCCGGCUGGUGAGUGGUCUGACUUGCACGGACCGGUGGCCUUGGCCAGGAGCGGUCCUGCCGGACUGUAAUUUUAAUUUCCUGCCCAGGCUGUAAUUUUAAUUUCCCUUGGAUGCUUGGCAAAGCCCCCCUGGGUGAGCCCUAGUGCCUGGCAUGAGCGGAGCGGGCUUCCAGGGAGGUAUUCACCUGGUCAGCGUCAGGAACCAUCCUCCCUGAAGCCUCGGCUCCCUCUUUCCCUUCGAUUGCCGUGGAUGUGCCGGACACCUCUGGCAGGACUAACCCUGUGGCUUUUAUGUCCGACGUGCUGUGUGCGUGCAGUAUCCUGUCCAAGACCAAGCUACCUUUCCUCGUGGGAAUGGACUGGCCGGGCUUUGGCAGUCUGGCCCGUCGAAAGACUAAAGUGACCUCUUCCAACAGGGGAAGACUGAAGCAAGCGGUGCCAGAAAGAACUGGAGUUUCUGGAGAAUAAAAGCUGGAGGUGUGCCCCUGAUAAUCCCCGCCCCGGGUGGUGAGUGGUCUGACUUGCACGGACCGGUGGCCUUGGCCAGGAGCGGUCCUGCCGGACUGUAAUUUUAAUUUCCUGCCCAGGCUGUAAUUUUAAUUUCCCUUGGAUGCUUGGCAAAGCCCCCCUGGGUGAGCCCUAGUGCCUGGCAUGAGCGGAGCGGGCUUCCAGGGAGGUAUUCACCUGGUCAGCGUCAGGAACCAUCCUCCCUGAAGCCUCGGCUCCCUCUUUCCCUUCGAUUGCCGUGGAUGUGCCGGACACCUCUGGCAGGACUAACCCUGUGGCUUUUAUGUCCGACGUGCUGUGUGCGUGCAGUAUCCUGUCCAAGACCAAGCUACCUUUCCUCGUGGGAAUGGACUGGCCGGGCUUUGGCAGUCUGGCCCGUCGAAAGACUAAAGUGACCUCUUCCAACAGGGGAAGACUGAAGCAAGCGGUGCCAGAAAGAACUGGAGUUUCUGGAGAAUAAAAGCUGGAGGUGUGCCCCUGAUAAUCCCCGCCCCGGGUGGUGAGUGGUCUGACUUGCACGGACCGGUGGCCUUGGCCAGGAGCGGUCCUGCCGGACUGUAAUUUUAAUUUCCUGCCCAGGCUGUAAUUUUAAUUUCCCUUGGAUGCUUGGCAAAGCCCCCCUGGGUGAGCCCUAGUGCCUGGCAUGAGCGGAGCGGGCUUCCAGGGAGGUAUUCACCUGGUCAGCGUCAGGAACCAUCCUCCCUGAAGCCUCGGCUCCCUCUUUCCCUUCGAUUGCCGUGGAUGUGCCGGACACCUCUGGCAGGACUAACCCUGUGGCUUUUAUGUCCGACGUGCUGUGUGCGUGCAGUAUCCUGUCCAAGACCAAGCUACCUUUCCUCGUGGGAAUGGACUGGCCGGGCUUUGGCAGUCUGGCCCGUCGAAAGACUAAAGUGACCUCUUCCAACAGGGGAAGACUGAAGCAAGCGGUGCCAGAAAGAACUGGAGUUUCUGGAGAAUAAAAGCUGGAGGUGUGCCCCUGAUAAUCCCCGCCCCGGGUGGUGAGUGGUCUGACUUGCACGGACCGGUGGCCUUGGCCAGGAGCGGUCCUGCCGGACUGUAAUUUUAAUUUCCUGCCCAGGCUGUAAUUUUAAUUUCCCUUGGAUGCUUGGCAAAGCCCCCCUGGGUGAGCCCUAGUGCCUGGCAUGAGCGGAGCGGGCUUCCAGGGAGGUAUUCACCUGGUCAGCGUCAGGAACCAUCCUCCCUGAAGCCUCGGCUCCCUCUUUCCCUUCGAUUGCCGUGGAUGUGCCGGACACCUCUGGCAGGACUAACCCUGUGGCUUUUAUGUCCGACGUGCUGUGUGCGUGCAGUAUCCUGUCCAAGACCAAGCUACCUUUCCUCGUGGGAAUGGACUGGCCGGGCUUUGGCAGUCUGGCCCGUCGAAAGACUAAAGUGACCUCUUCCAACAGGGGAAGACUGAAGCAAGCGGUGCCAGAAAGAACUGGAGUUUCUGGAGAAUAAAAGCUGGAGGUGUG